AUGAAAAUGUCAACAUUUUUAGUCACAUUGGUAGCACUUCUCUGUUGCUUAUAUUUGGUAAAAGGAAAUGGUGAUGAAACAAAUAUUGAUUGUAGUACUGUAAGAUGUGCUCAAGUUAUCUGUCCAGCUAACCAUGAAACCUACGUAAAACCUGGAGAAUGUUGCAACAGCUGUAGAAAUUGUUCUGAAACUAUGUGUCCAUUGUACGUUAAACAUUGUCCAGCUGAUCAAUUCUGGGGUCGUCCAGAAGGAAAGUGCUGCCCUGAUUGUGUUCCAUGUAAUCAAAAAAAGUUGAAUCCCUGUCCAAGAAUUGCCAUCGUAUGUCCAGUUGGCCAAACUCCAGGUAGAAAGACAAAUGAUUGUUGUAUUAGCUGUAUAGAGUGCCCUAAAGAAGAAUGCCCAUUGAUGAAAUGCAAAGAAGGAUAUGAGAUGGGUCACGUAACCAAUAAAUGUUGUCAAACCUGUGUUCCUAUCCAAAAAAACUAA